GUACGAGCUUGUAUGUUUAUAAGUCACUGAACCAACACCGCUUUUUCACCAACUUCCUCAUUGAAAAAGCCAUCGGCUGCUGACAACACCAGGAACAAGCCGCCAAUCAUGGCGUCUGUACAACGAAUACCUCACAACAUGCUUCGCCGUCCCGUGAAACCUCCAGUCCUCACCCGACAAGCCCCGCGACAGCUCCUCCAACAAACCACCAAACGCCAUGCCUCUUCAUCAUCCACCGCCCGGUCCGGCUCCCGGACCAAGAUAGCCCUCUACUCAACCUCCCUCGCAGUCGCUGGCUACCUGUCCUAUCUCUAUGCCACCGACACGCGCGCAAGCGCCCACCAAUGGCUCGUCCCGCGCAUGAUGCGCCUCCUGUACCCAGACGCCGAAGACGCGCACUACGCGGGCGUCAUGUCGAUGAAGGCGCUCUAUAACCUGGGCAUGCACCCGCGUGAACGAGCCGCCAUUGGCGCGGACCCGGCUCUCGCACUCUCGGUCUUCGGACACCCGCUGGCGAACCCGAUCGGCAUCAGUGCUGGGCUGGAUAAACAUGCUGAUGUUCCUGAUGCACUGUUUGCAUUGGGGGCGGGAGUCGUGGAGGUGGGAGGAUGCACACCGUUGGCGCAGCCAGGAAAUCCUAGACCGCGCAUGUUUCGCCUGCCCGGGCUUGAUGGGUUGAUCAACCGGUUUGGACUAAACUCGCAUGGGGCGGACGAUAUGGCCAUCCGGCUGCGGAACCGGGUGCGGCUAUACGCGAAAUCCGUCGGGCUCUCUGAAUAUGAGGUCUUGAAUGGUGAGGCUGGCGUGCCGCCGGGUAGCUUGAAGGAUGGGAGGCUGUUGGCUGUGCAGAUUGCGAAGAACAAGGACACGCCUGGACAUGACGUUGAAGCAGUGAGCAGAGAUUACACGUACUGUGUCUCUCGUCUCGCUCCGUAUGCCGACAUUCUGGUGGUCAAUGUCUCGAGCCCAAAUACUCCCGGAUUGCGCGAUCUGCAGGCCGUGGAGCCCCUGACUAAGAUCUUGACUGCGGUGGUUGGUGAGGCACGGCGGGCAAACCGAAGGACCAAGCCGAAGGUUAUGGUCAAGGUCUCACCGGAUGAGGAUGAUGACAGCCAGAUGGAGGGCGUUGUCCAGGCUGUAUGGCAAAGUGGUGUGGAUGGUGUCAUUGUGGGAAACACGACCAACAGACGCACUGGUAUCGUGCCGCCCAAGGUUGCUAUCACGGCAAAGGAAGCGGCUACUUUGACGGAGACCGGUGGCUAUUCCGGACCGAUGAUGUUCGACCGUACUCUGGACCUGGUGAAGCGGUACCGAAAGUUGCUCGACGGUGAGUCGUUGUCUGCGGCAUCCACCGUACAGCCACCCUCCCCCUUGUCCUCCGAGUCAUGUAAGGACAUAGCCGACGAGGCUGUAAGUGCGAGCUUAGCAGGAAUCGAGGGCACACCGACAGGUAUGAUCGAGGAUGAUCUGGCACCAACGCAGACUCGGCCAACCAACGUAGCCAAAGCGAACCAGUUUGCUGAGCAGAAGGUCAUUUUCGCCACGGGCGGUAUUACAAAUGGCGAGCAGGCUCUGCAAAUGCUGAACGCGGGUGCCAGUGUGGCUAUGGUAUAUACAGCAAUGGCUUAUGGUGGUGCUGGCACGAUCACCAGAAUCAAGGGAGAGAUGAAGAAUAGCAUGGUUCCCAAAAGAGCGUAAGGAUAAAUGUCAACUUCAUAUAGCCGGAUCGGAAAAGAAAACAUGUAAGAUACCAAGGCUUAAAACAUGCUGCUAGAGUCGGUAGGAGCAGCAACGCUCGGGUCUAGACCUGGACGGAGUUUGUAAGAAACAAUAAAUCGAGUUAUUACG